UGUGCUGAUAGUUACAGAUAAUCUGAGCUCUUCUCAUCAUCAUGUAUCUGACUUUUUUACUCCUGACACUGCAGGUGCUGAGCACCACAGCUUCACACUUUUAUGGAGGAUUAAUGACUUUUAACUCAAAAAGUAACAUUGAUGGAUCGUACAAGGUGGAACUUCGCUUCAAGACCGCCUACCAUCAAUGUUCCUUAUUUGAAAACUGGGCAUGCUGGUCUGGAGACUGUGGCACUGAGGACAGUUUUGAGAUGGGUCAAAUAGAUUCAAGUGUCAAUGGUGGAAACUGGUGUCAGUCUGAGGGAAUCAUAAGAAGAACCGUUGCCACCAAUGACCCAUUUGAGCUGGUAAACCAGAAUUGCUGCUGGAUUUUUAACACAGUGACAAUAACUGGACCCUGGAGUCUUUUCACACAUAUUGACCUUGGAUUGAGAUCAGACACCUCAGAACCCAACAUAUCCCCAAUCACUACCACAUUACCAUUUCUUAGAGUUCCUAAGAACUGUCCAAGGACGUAUAAUCUUUUAGCCUUUGAUCCUGAUGGUGACCAUGUCAGAUGUAGAUAUGGACUACAACAAAAUAUUGAGUGUGGAAUUUGCAACCAACCUGCUGGUUUUACUUUGGAUCAGAAUGAUUGCUCAUUGUCGUAUAACUACACAUGGAUCCCAGGAGUUUAUACAUUUGAGUUGGUACUGGAGGAUUUCCCUUUGCAGACGAUCACUCUGUCCUACACCAGCCAACCUCCAGUGACUAGAGAUCCACUCAGCAAUACACCCACAGAUCCAAAUGUACCACUGAGCCAAAUUCCUCUUCAAUUUUCUCUUCAAGUUGACGGUCACGCUCCAUCGUGCAGUGAGGGUGAAUAUAUACCAAAGUUCCUCCCACCAACACCUCAAAAUGGAGAGCUCCUGCAGGCCCGUGUGAAUGAGGAGCUUGAAAUCAGAAUAAAUGCUUCCGCGCAUAAGUCACGCAUCAUUGAUGUCAUCAUAAGUGGACCUCUGCAUAGCACAAAACAGAAAAUAACCACUGGGGAGUAUGUGAUUCACUGGACACCAACUCCAGAGAACUCUGGCCAAUACUUUCCAUUUUGCUUCAUUGCAGAAGGAAGACAUAGAAGGUCAAGGAUUUACCAGUCUGAAAUGAGGUGUGUCAUUGUAAAGGUGGAAGAUGAAGCAACGACAACCACAACAGCACCAACUACAACCACAACAGUGCCACCGACAACCACCACAAUAGCACCGACUACAACCACAACAGCACCGACUACAACCACAACAGUGCCGCCGACAACCACCACAACAGCACCAACUACAACCACAACAGCACCAACUACAACCACAACAGCACCAACAACCACCACAACAGCACCGACAACAAUUUCCACAACAGCACCAACUACAACCACAACAGUGCCGCCGACAGGAACCACAACAGUGCCGCCGACAACCACCACAACAGUGCCGCCGACAGGCACCACAACAGUGCCGCCGACAGGCACCACAACAGUGCCGCCGACAACCACCACAACAGUGCCGCCGACAGGCACCACAACAGUGCCGCCGACAACCACCACAACAGUGCCGCCGACAGGCACCACAACAGUGCCGCCGACAACCACCACAACAGUGCCGCCGACAGGCACCACAACAGUGCCGCCGACAACCACCACAACAGUGCCGCCGACAACCACCACAACAGUGCCGCCGACUACAACCACAACAGUGCCGCCGACAGGCACCACAACAGUGCCGCCGACUACAACCACAACAACCACAACAGUGCCGCCGACAGGCACCACAACAGUGCCGCCGACAGGCACCACAACAGUGCCGCCGACUACAACCACAACAGUGCCGCCGACAGGCACCACAACAGUGCCGCCGACUACAACCACAACAACCACAACAGUGCCGCCGACAGGCACCACAACAGUGCCGCCGACUACAACCACAACAACCACAACAGUGCCGCCGACAGGCACCACAACAGUGCCGCCGACAGGCACCACAACAGUGCCGCCGACUACAACCACAACAGCAUCGACUACAACAGAAUCAACUCCAAACACUGCAACCCCUACUACACAAGGACCCAAGCCACAUGUAAUCUGCUUACAAAACUCAAUGUCAGUGUUAAUCGAGAGGUCUACACUCCCAAACAUCACUAACAAACACUUGAGGCUGAUAGAUCCGUCUUGCCAGCCUGACAUUAAUGCGACCUAUGUGUAUAUCAGCAUACCUUUGAAUGGUUGUGGCACUGAAAUUGAGGAGACCAAUGAAUACCUUAUCUUCAAGAAUAAAAUCAUUUCGUACGAUAACCCCAGUGACAUUAUAACCAGGACCUACGAACUAGAAAUUGAUUUCCUGUGCAAGUACCGGAAAAGAAGCAACCUUACAACUGAGUUUGAUACACGCAGACAUGGGAUCAACUUCACAGAGAUUGGCUUCGGCUCAUUCAGCUAUGAGUUUGAAUAUUAUGAUUCUGCAAACUUCUCCAACGUAAUUGAUCCAAACUCUUACCCACUGGAGUAUGAUUUGGGUGAGAUGAUCUACAUGCAGAUUGAGCCCAGCACUCCAGUCCCAAACACUGAGAUCUUCCUCGAGUCUUGUGUGGCUACACCCUACGAUAAUCCCAACUACCCAAUCUCUUACCCCAUCAUCACAAACGGAUGCAUUGUGGAUGAAACUGUUCAGAUUUUCUCAAAUCACCAACCAUACAUCCAGUUCGGUCUAGAGGCCUUCAAAUUCAUUGGGUUCCAUGAUAAGGCAUUCAUCAGCUGCUCAAUCAUCAUAUGUGAGGCCAACAACCCUUUCACUCGCUGUUCUCAAGGCUGCACAAACACCACAGUAUCUCCACUCGCCCGCCAUCUUCAAAAGAGAGAGGCACCAAUCCAGACCGCCAGUCACUUCAUCUCCCAGGGACCCCUGCGACUGAGACGUGCAUCACAGGCCACUGUAAGCCAAGGCCCGAAUCUGAACCUACUAGUCAUCGCUGGCUGUUUCCUAGCAGCAGCUGCCAUGGUGUGUGGAGUGCUUGUCUAUAGAUCAAGGACGUCAGGGCUCCAACCUCUCCCAUCACAAGAGAUAUGAGCGUCUAAUACUACUAAAGAAGAUGUAGAACUUCCUACAACCAAUAUAUUCAGUUGUGAAGUUUCUUUCACUUACAAAUGGUUUAAAAUUGGGUUCUAUGCUUUGAUAUCAUUGAGACUCAACUAUUAUAAUAAGUUAUUUAAAGCAAUUUGCUAGACAUCUAUUGUAUUGUUGCAAACGUUUCUGCAAGACUUUUAUUCUUUGUAUGGAAUUUUAAACCACAUUACUCAACUUGUGUCAUUUUAAUCAAAGUUAUCAUUGCCAUAUAUUCAUGGUAGUUAAAGUUAAACUCUUGUUUUAUGUGAUUCUAAACUCUCUUUCUGUAUCAGUCAAAAAUGAAUGUAAUUUCUGGUUUAUGGGUUUAAAAAUAAAAAUAUUCUGAAAAGUA